AUGAAGAGGUCUCGGAUGAUGGCUUUGCAAGCAUUCACAACCUCAAUUGUAUACAAUAUGAUAAUUGGAUGGGUGUUUUUCUAUUUGUUUGCAUCAUUUCGAAAAAAGUUACAGUGGACAACAUGUACAAAUUGGUGGAAUACAGAAGGAUGUAGAGAAUUAGGCAAAAAUAUGACAUUAUCCGGAAGUCAGUUUUGUGGAGGAAUUAAUAAUAUCACAACCAAUUGCACUGUUCCUAAAUUAGCUGCUGCAGAAUAUUUUGAGUUGGUACAAACAACUCGUAUUGUCUUUGUCAUCAAUGCACAUAUUACAAAUUACGUAUUACAAAAAAGUGAUUCAUUUUCCAAUUUUGGUCUUCCAACAUGGAAACUAUCAUUAUGUCUAUUAUUUAGCUGGAUUUUAGUAUUUUUAUGUAUCCGACGAGGCAUAAAAUCAUCUGGAAAAGUUGUAUAUGUCACUGCCUUGUUUCCUUAUGUUGUCAUAUUUGCACUCAUUAUCCGAGGUGUAAUGUUACCAGGAUCAAAAGCUGGUCUCUUAUUUUAUUUUCUGCCAGAUUGGAAUAAAAUGAAAGAUAUUAGUGUUUGGAUGGCUGCUAUUGUUCAAGUAUUUUAUUCUCUCGCAGUAUCAUCAGGCAGGCGUAACUGA